AUGGCCAACCAGGACCAAAAGAUUCAAAUGGUGCGGGUGAAUUCAGCCGACGAGUUGGAGUUAUUCGAGGAGGUGGGUCGUGGUGGUUUUGGUGUGGUGUACCGCGGAGUUGUACUUUCCACUGGACUACAAGUAGCAGUGAAACUCAUAGAUUUGGAGAACGAAAACACAGAUCUCUUUGAAGUCAAUAAGGAAAUUAUGAUUCUACUGGAGUGCAAGCUUCCACAGAUUACUGAGUAUUACGGAUGUUUUGUUAAAAGCUACAAAUUAUGGGUGGUGAUGGAGUUAAUGGACGGUGGAUCGCUUUUUGAUUUACUUCGACCUGGGCCAGUGGGCGAAGAAAAAGUUAUUCUGAUUAUACUUCGUGAGGUUCUCCAAGCGUUGGACUAUCUCCAUGGCCAGGGUAAGAUUCAUCGAGAUCUCAAAUCUCAGAAUAUUCUAAUCAACAAGCUGGGUGAGGUGAAGUUGACUGAUUUUGGAGUGUCGACCCAACUACUGACGAACUUUUCUAAACGGAAUACUACUGUUGGAACCCCAUAUUGGAUGGCACCAGAAGUUAUAUUGAACAAUAGUGGAGGCCACGCGUUCAAAGCUGAUAUAUGGUCACUUGCAUGUUGUGGGUAUGAAUUGUUGACCGGGAAGGCUCCCCUCCAAUCACAGUAUUCGCCUAUGCGAGCAUUAAGACAACUUUCCAAAUGUCAGAAAGACAGUGACUUUUCCGAUUUAAUAGGGUUAAACAAUAUCAAUGAUAUGAGUAAAGAUAUGCACCAUUUCUUUUCGAAAUGCUUUGUGAUGAACCCUAGAGAUCGAAUGUCGGCAUCACAACUCUUGAAGCAUCCCUUUAUAUCGAAAUACGCAAAGGAAACCAACAAGAGUAAGCUUUUAAAGAACCUCAUUACUCGCAAACAGCUUUGGGAACAAGAGAAUUAUGUUUCCAAGACACAGCAUUUCUACAUUCCUACAGAGAUAUCCAAGAACCAACAAAUAUGGCAGGCACCAAUCAAUAACCCAGGCAAUAGCAGUGGCAACAGUCCAGGGAAACAAAAGGACCCAAAGUCGAUUCAUUUCAAUAUCAGUAUGAUACGGUACGACGACAUCGACCUCAAUAGUGAGAAUGAAGACCUCAAAGAAGGGCCCGGGCACAACCACCAACAAUUUGGGAUGAGCAAUAAUUACAACGACAGUGCUGCUACCGCCGUUGCUGGGUCUCGUCUGGUGUCUCCAAGGAAAUCCCGUGAAUCAUCGCAGUCACCCCAAGGUAUCGACCAGCCAGUGGUUGAUGGGUUGAAUGAUUCCAACGAAGAACUCCGUUCAGAGCUUCAGCACGAAUUAUCGCGAAUAGUCAAUCGAGUCUUUGCUCGUUUGGAAAACCGAUUGAGUCUUGGUACGGGUCAAUACGACGCUCUAGUCGCAUUGAACGAUCAAUUAGUUCAGUUGGUGUCGUAUGCUCAGGAUACGGCAGACAAUAGUAAAGUACUAGUGUUCCAGUAUUUGAAGUAUUUUCUUAAGGAGCUUAGGAAACAUGAUUCAAAUGAUACUCGAGAAUUAAUACUGAAGCUAAUUCUUCCGUCGAACCCCAAUACGAUGAAUGCCAAUACUGUGGAUGCUGGAAGUGUAGCCACUAGGUCGAAAGCGAAGUCUCUUAGAGUCGUGGCUCCAGAAGAUGGAGGACCGAAAGGGCGCGCCAUAGGGAAAAUGUCGCGAAUGGAAAAUACCAUGCGAAGAGAAAGAAUCGAUUUAAUUUUGGAAUCUGAUUCUGGGAAUGAAAAUGGUAUCGCACAGAACAUUGUGAAGCCAGGGUUAUUCUCGCAUCCUGACUUGUUAGAAGUAGAGUAUACAAUCGAUACUACUACAGGGUGCAAUAGUGUUAAGAUUUCCCCCGAUGGAGAUUCAUUUGCUUGCUGCGAUUCACAGGGCUGGAUCCGCGUGUAUUCUAUGGCAACAGGUAAAGCUACAUGGGAAGUCAAGGGUCACGGUAGUGGCAUUAAUGACAUUGAAUUCAGUCCCGUGAAUUCAGAUAUUCUAGCAUCGUGUUCAGACGAUAGAACCAUUAGAAUUUGGCUGAUAAGUCGUCGCAGAUGCUUGAAGGUGAUGAAGAAACACUCGUUUUAUGUUACCACCAUCAAGUUCAACUACAAAGGCAAUUUACUCGUGAGUGCACUGGCGGAUGAAACUAUCAUCGUUUGGGAUGUUAGUAGUGGGAAGUCGCUCCGUACACUUGCAGCACAUUCCGACCCAAUAUCACUGGUAGCUUUAACCUUCGACAGCUCUAUUAUCGUUAGUGGCUCGUACGACGGACUUAUGAGACUUUUCGAUAUGGAAUCAGGACAUUGUCUCAAGACAUUGACAUAUAGUACGUCGCAUGAUUCUAAUAUGGAACAACCUACACAUCUUUUCCGGUUCAACGGAUUCAAGCUUCCCAAAUCAGCAAAGUUAAGACUGCUCGGAGUUUACUUUGCAGGCGCCCUUUAUUCCAUUGGACUUUGGCUGAUGGUAGACGCAGCUAUUUAUCUGAAGACAGUCAAUGCCAGUGAUGUUCAUGUUUCAUUUGUUGAUUGGAUUCCCUUUAUUUGCUCCACCAUUGGAAUGCUUAUUGUCAAUCUGAUUGAGAAGGCCAACUUGUUCAUCGACCUGGCCAAUCUGUUCACCGGCGGCGGUGCGGGAGGCCAUGCUUGGGCCGCACGAGUAAUAUUAUUCUGCGGGUUCUCCUUAUUGGCCGGGGGGUUAGCUGGACUGUUCAUGGUAUUUAUAUUGAAGUUUUUGGUGAAGCAUUACACAUUCCCCACGUUAGGAAUGGGCGUGAGUAACAUCGUAUGCAAUGGUUGUGUGAUGUUGAGUUGUAUUGUGUUAUGGUUAUCCCAGAACAUUGAAGAUGAAUACAGCUACAGCUUAACCUUGUGA